AUGGGCAUUUGGGACGUCGUUACCGGUCGAAAGGCUUCUCAGAGCACUUCGGCAUCAUCAGAACUUGUGCAAGAUGAUGCGCCAACCACUACAUUCGCGCCAUCAACGAUCCAGGCCGAGGACGUCUCAUCAUUCAUCAGCUCGCCCGGCGCUUUCGAUAUCGCAUCACUCCAUCCGCUUGCAGGUCUCAAUCAGGAAACGCUUGACUACAUCACAUUAGACGAUUCCGCCCUCUCAGAAAUUCCCGGCAGCCGAUCACUAUUGCCUUCGCGAGGAUGGUCGGAUGAUUUGUGUUACGGUACAGGUGCGACAUAUCUCACCGCACUCACCAUCGGAGGUGCUUGGGGUCUUGCUGAAGGUCUAAAUCGGUUACCAUCGACUGCGCCGCCAAAGCUACGCUUGAACUCCGCCCUGAACGCCAUCACGCGAAGAGGACCUUUCCUGGGCAACUCUGCUGGUGUUGUUGCGAUGUUGUACAACGGAAUCAACAGCACGAUCGGCUACGCUAGGGGGAAGCACGACUCCAUCAACAGCAUUGCAGCGGGAACAAUUAGCGGCAUGAUCUUCAAGAGCACACGAGGUCUACGACCAAUGAUGAUAUCGGGCGGCAUUGUUGGAUCGGUAGCAGCAGCAUGGGCAAUGACAAAAAAGAUCUUGGUUGAAGGUUGA